GAAGUUCUUCCUGUAACUAGUACAGGACAUAAGGAACGAUCAGAUUUCACAGUUCAAGAGCACCAAUCUCAUGAGAUGUUCAUGGGAAGGCUCCAAAAGCCAGAUGAGUUAGAACUUCUGUGGAGCAGAAGCACUGAGAAGUUGGAGCAAAAGCGCACUCUUCAGGAGCCAGCUGAAGAAGGACCAGGUGUGGAGAAAUGCACAACACCAGAAAAGGUGGCACCUCCUGAGGCUGGAAAGAUGGAGGACCUGACCCUAGAGAAAAAGCUAAAUUCAGUGUUCUAUAAUAAUGAGACAAUGCAGAAAGCAGAUGAAGGUUUAAAUGCAGCUGAACAUCUGACCAAGGUCACUACUGAUGAAGUACAACUUAAAGUAGCAGUGUCUGGAGGACUCAAUUGGAAACGAUGCAAUCUUCCCGCAGAUAACAUGGUUAUGGAGGCUAAAGAUGUGAUGGUGGAUGAACAUGCAACUGGAUGUAAUUUUAAUAAUGUAAGAAAAAUAAAAGAUAAUGGACUCUCACAGCAAGAGGAACAAGUCCCCAUUUCUUUGAACUCCAAGAUUAACACUAUUCAGCAUGAAAUAUUACAUUUAGCAGAGGAACAGCCUGAUAUGUCCUGUAGUGGAGAGGUUAAACAUAUUCCAGUAUUUGACCAGAAUAUGAUAGCAGUCAUUGACGAUACAAAAAUUAAAGAGGAAAGACAAAAACAAAUGUCAUCUAAUGAUGAGGCUGAAACAAAAAAGGCAAAGGAGUCUGAUGUCCAGCAGCCUUUAACUGCUGAUCAUGAUAAAGGAAAAAAUGCUACAGAGAAUAAAAUAGAGAUCAGAGAAUCCUUGUGUGGUGAGGUUAGAAAAGACCCAGUUACACUACAGGUAACCUUACGUGAAGCAAGGAAUGGCUGCCAAGAAAGUCAGAAAUCAACCAAAUCCUUUGAAAACAUGGUAGCCUUUGAGAGGGAGAAUGAAAAUGUCUCAGAGACACAACAGCAGAUUACAGUAAUUAAAGUAGAUGAAGUAGCACUGCAGGGGGGGAUGGCUCAGAAAGAACAUGCUAAGACCCCAGCUGAGCACCAAUGGAGCAGCAUCUGUCCUGCUGCUGUAACAGAAGGUCUGAGUCAUGAACAACCACAACAGGCAUUUGAAGAGCUGAGUGAAAUGAAGUGGAAAACACCAUCCACCAGGAGCAGAACACAACAGAAAGAAGGAGAGAAAGAUGAUGUUGAAAGGGCAGAGAAAGAACAAGAUAAAGAUGGAAGCAAUGGAGCAGAUGAGGAAAGGGAAAAGAGUGUAAGGAUGCAGGAGUGGAUAGGAGCAGUGUUAUGGACCGAGGAAGGAGACCCACUAGAGGAGAUCAGUGAGGAGGGAGUGUGUAAGAAGACACAACAGCCAGGGAGUGUCACGAAAGAUGAGCCCCAGCUUGUGGUGGGCAGGAGAAGCAAUGUGGUACAUCCAGCACAGCUGAAGCAUGUGCCUAAGGAUAAGCACAGGGUGGUAAGGGGAGAAGGCACUAAAAAAGAACAGCCAAGUCCAGCCAUCGAAAGGGUGCCAAGAUGGGAACACUUCGGAGAGAGUGAGAGUAUAGAACACUCUGAGACUGUCACAGAGGACGAGCCAAAGAAGAAAUGUAGAGAAGAAGGGCGUAAGGUGACAAUACCUACAUGGCUUAUUGCCAGCGAGACCUCAGAGACAGAGAGUCUGUCGCCAGCCUGGUCCACUACCAGCCGCUUCAGAAAUGUAAGGAUGGAGUGUGAAGGUCAGAGCAGCAUCAGGGUCAAAGGUCAAGAGGUCACGGUGGGGAACGGCAUUCCAGGACUUGAGGUGCCACCCCCAACUGUGAUGCAAGAGUGGUGGGACACGAAACUCCCCAACAUUAGUCCAACUGAGCAGAUGCAGGAGAACGUUUGCUCUGAUCCAUCCAACUGGGAGAUCUGUCUCUAUGUAAAGGCAGGAAGUGAUGGGGAAAGCAUUGGCAAUUGUCCUUUCUCUCAGAGACUCUUCAUGAUCCUGUGGCUAAAAGGAGUCAUCUUCAAUGUCACAACUGUGGAUCUCAAGAGGAAACCAGCUGACCUGCAAGACCUUGCCCCAGGUACAAACCCACCUUUUAUGACCUUCAAUGGUGAAGUACUGGUGGAUGUUAACAAGAUCGAAGAAUUUCUUGAGGAAAGACUUGCACCACCACGGUAUCCAAAGUUGGCUUCCAAGCAUCCUGAAUCAAACACAGCAGGAAUAGAUGUAUUUGCCAAGUUUUCUGCCUAUAUCAAGAAUACUCGCAGAGAAGCCCAUGAUGGCUUGGAGAAGGCCCUGUUAAAAUCUCUGAAGAGACUGGACGAGUACUUGCAGUGUCCAUUGCCAGAAGAGCAUGAUGCCAAAAGCACUGCUAACCCAGGUCCAUCCACACGCAGCUUCCUGGAUGGACCAGACCUCAGUCUGGCAGACUGCAACCUGCUUCCCAAACUACAUGUCAUCAAGAUUGUUGCAAAAAAGUAUAGAGGCUUCCAGAUUCCGGCUGAAAUGGAAGGCAUCUGGCGGUAUCUGAACUCUGCCUACAAGAGAGAAGAGUUUACGAACACCUGCCCUGCAGAACGAGAGAUCGAGUUUGUCUACCUGGAUGUUGCCAAAAAGAUAAAAUAACAUAUAAAUAGAUAUAGAUUUGCAGUUUGUACUUUGGUGCAUACUUAUGUGUGUGUAUGUAUCUGAGAGACAUUGUAUAUUAUGGUUAGGCAUUUUCUGGAGGAAUUUUACAUAGAGUGUGAAAUUGCUGAUGUUUUUUUCUUCAGUCAAUGGCAGUACCCCAAAGAAAUGCAGUAGGAGAUGCACAGUAAUAGCACUAAUCAAUUCAUCUUGUAAGUUUCUCUCUAUUCCAAUGUCUCUCUGUUCCAAAGUUUUCAUGUAUGACACCAUGGCCUUGACCUCUGUGAAGAAAUAUUACUAUUUAAUUUGUAUAUUUGUUUUUUCUAUUUAUCAUAUGAUCUGUGGUUUACCCAUACUUUUUUAUGUAUCAUUUUUGGCAUUCAUUUGAUACACAACAAAAUUUAGUUUGACAUUGUCAUAAAUUAAUUUAUUGAUCUUGUUUGAUUUUGUCUCUUUUUUUUUUAAAUAUAUUGUUUCUUCUGAUUUUUUUUAAAUUAUAUAUAAAACCAGACAAUGUUUAUUUCCUUGUUGACUAUUUUGCAUCUGUACACCAAGCAUGUUAACAAUGUUUAAGCAAGUUUAUAAUGCUCUUCAAAUUCCUUAUGAAGCUUUGAAAGUGAGACUUUAAUUAAACUGAUUCUAAACAUUUUA